AUGGAUGAAGAAGAAGAUGAUACAUCAACAUUUCGACAACAUUUAUUCGAUUUGUCAAUUAAACGAUCAAAUAGUUCGCCAGCUCUUCCACUUCUUGUUAAUACAGCUGAAAAUGAUUUGCAAUUUGACGAUGUGGACUUUUGUGAUUCCAAACUGCGGAGACACAGUUCAUCGUUUAGUUCGCAUCAAACUCGUCAUAGUCGGUUUGCGCAUAUCAUGAAAAAUGAAUUGACAAAUCCUCUUGUAGACGAAGCAUCCCAAGAACGUGAUUUACAUGAUAAUCUCAAAAUGUCCAUAUCAUUCACUGAUCUUGCCGUCGGAGAUGAGCAACAACCACAACAGCCAGCACAUUCGAUAGAUAGUCGUCGAUCAUCAGUCAACAGUUCUGAUUCGUCUAAUCUGUGUUAUUCAUCAUCGCCAAGUCCAUCAACUCCUGCUCGACCUUGUGCAGUCGUCAGUAAUCAACGACAAUGCUACAGUCCAGCACUUCAACAACAAGUCGCACCAUUCCAGUGUUAUUUAGCUUCUCCACCUAGCCGGUCGCAAAGUCCCAUUGGAAUGAUGAACAAUAACACUAAUACGAAUUCGUCCAAUAAAAUCACAUCUUUUCCACCAAAUCUCAAGCGUAAACAAGGAGACGAUAGUACAACGAGUAUGAAUAAUAAGAAAAGUCGAAUAGCAAGUGAUAAUGAAUCGCUGUUUGGUCCAACUAAUUCACCUGAAUCUCCUUCGCCUGGUCUGAUCGAAUCGAGUACUAAUUUACUUUCUACGCAGCAAUCCCUCAGUCUUCUUUCUUCAAUACCUCAUUCGCUCUCCUCUUCGACAUCGACUUCCAACGGCAAUGAUAACUCACAUUUCAAGCCAAUACAACAUCCUGAUAAUGACAUAUUUCCUCCACCGAAUUCACCAAGUAUAUGCCCAAGUCCAACCAAUUCCACAUGCUCAUCAUCGUCAUUAACUUUCACACCUAUAUCGCCUGCGUCUACAACAUCCUCUUCGUCGUCGUCAUUUCUACUCUUACCAGCGAACUUUUCUCGUUCCACAGUUAUUUCAUCGCUACAGUCAUCAGGACUAAUUGUACCUUCAGCAACGAAGCAUCUUAGUAUGAAUUCAACCUCUUCAAAAAUGAAAUUAUCGACUAAAAACCAAUUACAACGAGACCGAUCGUUAGACGAAGCUUCUUCCCUUCAACCAAUAUCUGUUCUAUUACCAAGGCCAGCAACGUCACAAGACAAAUCGGCCAGUCCGACCACUCAGCAAGAAUUUUUCUUUUCAACUGACGAUAACAAUUCAACAACUGCUCAAUGA